AUGACGCCUACUAUUCAACAAUCUAUCCCACCAGUAAAUGGAGCUUUGAAUUAUCAGGGGCAUCCAAGAACCCUAGUGCCAAAUGUGUCAAAGGUUGUCAAUAAGGAAAAGUAUAGUGUUCCUUCACAAACUUCUACUGUAGACAUAAAACCGAGUGGAAGAAAUGAACUCCCCGAGGGUGCACCACCUGGCAUGGGUGUCCCAGUUCAAUAUAAUAACAUGAUGUCCAUACCAGUUCUCCCACAAUGUUUGCAUCAACCACCGGUGCAUCAGCCCCUCAGUUCUCAUUCACUUCCGUUACUGCCUCGACCUCCUCUCAACCAACCUUCAUCUCCACACUCGAGCUUCGUCUUCUUUACCCUCUGUACUAAAAUGGAACCCAACAUCAACAACUUCGUUUUGGGUUCUUCUUCUUCCAUCUAA